AUGGGCAAAGGAGGAGCAUCUAAGAAGAAUGUGGGUUCCUUCCAAUGCACAACCUGUAAGGAGUGGUAUGAAACUCUAGAAGAACUGGAAAGUUAUGGUGGGAAUGCUUUCGCAUCGGAGGCCGAAGCUCUGCUGCUGGGGCUGAAGUUAGUGUGGGAUCGUGGCUAUAGAGAAGUCACAGUGAAGGUCGAUUGUGCAGAAUUGCUCCAGAGCAUUGAGAAUGGGGAUAGUGGCAGGUUCUUCCCUGUCAUUAUCGAGAUCAAGCAACUCAGGGAUAGAGCUUGGAAUAUCUCAAUAGAGAGGGUGAGACGGGAGUGCAAUGCUCCAGCGGAUUACCUUGCAAAGUUGGGUGCGCGUUCUCCGGGUGUCAACUUCAGCUUCUUGGAUAAACCACCUUGGGAAGUAGAGACCCUUGUCUUGAGGGACCGGGUGUUUGCUCGUUAG